AUGUGGGACACAUGGAAAUCACUUUUCGUAAAAGUUCUUGAUAGGCAUGCCCCCAUCAGGGAAAAGAGAGUUAAAAGUAAACCAAAUGUUCCUUGGCUCACUAGUACAAUUAAAAAACAAAUCCGCGAACGCGAUCGCCUUAAAUCUCUUGCUAUUAGACGUAAAUCGGAAAAUAUGGCGUGCUGUAAGGAGCUCUGUGAUGAGCUCUCUGAUAAAACCGAUAUCUUUCUGAAUUUAUCGACAACGAGUUUAAUUGUUUUUUUCGGCCAAAAGAAAAACAAAUUAACAUGGCGUGGAACCCUGAAUGACUUAAAAACAUUUGUGUCGACAAUAAUCGAUGAAAAAGCCGCAGAAAGUGCCGUCUGGCGAUCAACAAGCGGCG